CGGGGACAUCCUUUCCCCUUGCCCUGUUAUUCCUCCGGGGCAGCUUCUGCCUCGUGACACCCCGGGGAGGGCAAACGCCGGCCCCCUGGCCCCCCAUCUCCGCUGCCCGUCCUCAGUCCCUCUCCCCUUUUCCUGCCUCCUUGCAGCCUGCAGAGGCGCUUUCCUGGCAUCCGACGCGCGGACACGUCGGAAGCGUCCUCCGACGGGCUCGGCGCUCCUGGCCCCCCGGGGCGGCUGCAGGAGCCGCUGCGAUGCGGCUGGCGGCACUGAGGGACCCGGGCGGCGAAGCAGGUCUCCUCCGGAGGUGUUGCGGUUUGCUUUCUGUACCCUAUACGUUUCUGAAGCUGCGAGAAGCAGGGCUGUCGCCUGUGGCCUUUGCUGUGCUUGGGGAGAAGCGUCUCUGGGGCACAGCUCCUCCCUGGAGAUAGGAGAUACCAUCCCCUUUUGCCCUGGUUUGCAAAGUCCCUGCUGGCCCGAGCCGUCCGUUCAUCCGUGUGCAGACGACAGCCAGGAAGGAGAGCGCGCCGGCUGCCUCCGGAGAGAUCCCAGCUGCGGAGACAGGGCUUUGGCACGGCGACCGGCUGGCAGCAGGCCCCUCGGAGCGGCUGGCUGCACCUUUAAGAGCUGCUUUGCGAAGAGCCGAGGAGCCGCUCUCCGUCAGCUCCCUUGUACUUUGUCCCUUCGCAGCACGGCACUGAAACAGGAGCAGGCUGCAGCAGGACUCCGGAAAGGCUCUGCCGUUGUGAAAAUCCCCUGUUUGUGCAAAGUGAAAAAAGUAAGGGAGCGUCUUUCCACGGCCUGCUGCAGAGCGCAGAGAGGCAGCAACAAGGGGAACGGGAACUUCCCUGCCGGCAGAUUGACCCUGGGGGAUGAGCAGGAGAGACAGCUCAUGAUGGCCGAGAGCAGCAGCUUGGAGCAUCCUGGCCUGGAUAAGGCAGCUGGCGAGGAGUUCCUGCAGGAAGCCUUCCAGAUCCUCCUGGAAGAAGCCAUCAGGAAGGGCAUGGAUGCGACAGAGAAGGUCUGUGAGUGGAAGGAGCCCCGGGAGCUGCGGGAGCUGCUGGACCUGGAGCUGAGGAGCCACGGGGAGCCGCGGCAGAGAGUGCUGGAGCGCUGCCGAGACGUCAUCCGAUACAGCGUGAAAACCUGUCACCCUCGCUUCUUUAACCAGCUGUUUUCUGGCCUGGACCAUCAUGCCCUGAUGGGACGCAUGAUCACAGAGACCCUCAACACCAGCCAGUACACCUACGAGAUUGCCCCCGUGUUCGUGCUCAUGGAGGAGGUGGUGCUGGCGAAGCUGCGGGAGCUGGUGGGCUGGAGCACUGGGGACGGGAUCUUCUCCCCAGGUGGCUCCAUCUCCAACAUGUACGCCAUGAACGUGGCCCGGUACCACCGCUUCCCGGACAGCAAGCAGAAAGGCAGCUGGGCCCUGCCGCGCCUGGUGCUCUUCACUUCACGGGAGGGCCACUACUCCAUCCAGAAGGGAGCCGCGUUCCUGGGCAUCGGCACCGACAACGUCUACCUGGUCGGUGUUGAUGAGAGGGGGAAGAUGAUCCCCGAGGAGCUGGAGAAGGAGAUUGAGAGGGCAAAAGCCGAGGGCGCGGUGCCUUUCUUUGUCAGUGCCACCUGUGGCACCACGGUCCUGGGCGCCUUCGACCCGCUGGAGAGCAUAGCAGACGUGUGCCAACGCCACGGCAUCUGGUUCCAUGUGGAUGCUGCUUGGGGCGGCAGCGCCCUGCUCUCCAGGAAACACCGGCACCUCCUGACCGGCAUUGAGAGGGCGGACUCGGUGGCCUGGAACCCCCACAAGAUGCUGAUGGUGGGUUUGCAGUGCUCCGCCUUCCUGCUCCGAGACAGCUCCGGCCUGCUCCAGCGGUGCCACGGGGCCAGCGCCACGUACCUCUUCCAGCCUGACAAGUUCUACGACGUGUCCUACGACACGGGUGACAAGACCAUCCAGUGCGGCCGCAGGGUGGACUGCCUCAAGCUCUGGCUGCUCUGGAAGGCCGUGGGGACCGAGGGGCUGGAGAGACGCGUGGACCGGGCCUUCGCCUUCACCAGAUACCUGGCCGAGGAGGUUAAGAGGAGGGAAGGCUUCCAGCUGGUGCUAGAGCCGGAGUUCAUCAACCUCUGCUUCUGGUUCGUGCCGCCCAGCCUGCGGGGCAAGGAGGGCUCUGCAGAUUACUGGCCCAGGCUGGGCAAGGUGGCUCCCGUGAUCAAGGAGCGGAUGAUGAAAUCGGGCUCCAUGAUGGUGGGUUACCAACCGCUCGACGCCAAGGUCAACUUCUUCCGCCAGAUCGUUACCAACCCUGCGGUCACCAGGGCGGACUUGGAUUUCUUCCUGGAUGAGAUCGAGAGGCUCGGCAGGGAUCUGUAGGGAUCCUGGGGGCCUUGUGCAGCCCCUACUCUGUUCCGUUGGCUCCUCCAGCUCCUCUCCAUGCUGGAAGGCCAUGGGAAAUGCUUGCUUGCACGCAGACCGGAGUUCCCUGCCCCGUCCUCUGCGAGCCGCUGCCUAACGCGCUUCACCACGCCUCAACAUUAAGCUGGUCCACAAUCCUGUUCCCUCAGCUUUUCUCGGAUUCACUCCUUUCUCCUCCCUCAGAGAUUGUUCCAAACUGAGAGCCUCAAGUGAGGGUGUUCAGGGAGCCGGAAGAGGGGAAGAGCCCAAGGUUAUGGAGAAGCCCGUGCAGCCCGGGGCCUGCAGGCGGCUGCUCCCUGCUCUGCUGAGCUGUGGAUAUGUUUUGCCCACUGACACUGGACCCCUGUGGGCUCAUGCUCCAGGAAAGUCAAUGCUUGGCGUGAAACGAUGGCACCCAGCACGUGCUUCUGCAAUGGGUGCUCCAAAGGCAACAUCUGCGUGUCCAGCCAGGGAUGCUUUCACCGUGAUACUGGUAGGAAUUUCUCCUGCUUUGGCCAGGGCUGUCUGAACGGCCUAACCCCAACUCGAAUCUUCCUGGGCUGCGUCCCCCCAGCUUUUCUGCGUCCCCACGCCACCCCCAGAGCACUUGGGCCAACUCUUAAUAAAAUAAAUGUGCAGUAAACAUA